CUUUCCCCCGCUCUCGGUCUCAAGACCAGCACUACUUCGCUCAGUAUCGUCGAGCAUCUGACCCUCACAUCAAUCGCAUCUCAGCUCACAAUUCAGACAGCUCGCCAUGGCUCGAGGCGGUGGAGGUGGCGGCGGAACUUUUGGGCUUGUCUCCAACACUCGCCUCUCCGGACGAGGUCGGGGCACAUUCAGAAAGCGAGGUGGCAGGGCGGGCGGCGGACCUCGCGACGAAGCACAGGCAGCAGCAUCCGCAUCCCUAACCAAGGGAGCCUUCGACGAUGCUACGGCAUCCGAAGAUAGAUUCGAAGAAGCAGCAGCGCACGAUGAUCUGGAUGCCAAGCUGGGAUUCGAACGGGUAGAAGCUGGGCCUUCGAGGCAAGCUUGGCUCGUCAAUAUGCACCCCACGAUCAUGAGGGACACGGAUGAUGGUGGACACGCUAGCGGAAAGUCUGCCGUCGAUUUCUAUUUUAUCGAUGAUGAUGCCAGCAGCUUCAAGGUCACUGUGCAGUACCAACCUUACCUUCUCGUGGGCUGUAGACCAGGCACAGAGGCGCACGUCGAGGAGUGGAUGCUUCGCAAGUUCGAGGGACUCGUCGUUGCUUGUGCGCGAGAGCGCAAAGAAGACCUCAAGCUGCCCAACCAUCUCGUCGGACACAAGAGGACGUACGUCAAGCUGACCUUUCACAACGUCCACGAUCUCCUCACAGUUCGGAGAGAUCUGCUACCAAUGGCUCAGCGCGCACAAAAGCGUCGAGACGCUGUCGACACGUACGCAGACGUCUUGGCAGAUAGCGCUGUGGCGCAAAUGGAGGUGGAAGUGGAGGACGUCGAGGCUGCUUACUUGAACGACGACGAUACUUGGAAGGGAAACAAGCUCAAAGGCACCUUCGGCAAGCAGAAUCAGGACCCGGAAGAGUGCAUCGUGGAUCUGCGGGAGUACGAUGUGCCUUAUUACCUUCGCGUAGCCAUCGAUAAUGACAUUCGCGUCGGUAUGUGGUACGACGUCAGCUUUCACGAAGGCGCAGUGACGAUCAACUCGGUGCCAGCUCGGGUGAAGCGUGCCGAGCCCGUAGUGCUUGCGUUCGAUAUCGAGACUACGAAGCAGCCGCUCAAGUUCCCAGUAGCAGAGACGGACUGCGUCAUGAUGAUCUCGUACAUGAUAGACGGCCAGGGUUUUCUCAUUACCAAUCGAGAGAUUGUCAGCGAAGAUAUCAGCAAUUUUGAGUACUCGCCGAAGAAGGAGUAUGAAGGUCCAUUCGUAAUCUACAACGAACCCAACGAACUCGCCCUGCUCCAACGCUUCUUUGCGCACUUUCAAGAAGCGAAGCCGCGCGUCGUCGCGACGUACAAUGGUGAUUCUUUCGACUUUCCAUUCUUGGACGCCAGAGCCAAGUAUCACGGGUUGAGCUUGUUGCACGAGAUAGGCUUUGCCCUUGACAGCGAAAACGAAUACAAGAGCAGGUCUUGUGCGCACAUGGACUGCUUUCGAUGGGUCAAGAGAGACUCAUACCUUCCACAAGGAAGUCAAGGCCUCAAGGCCGUCACUGUAGCAAAGCUAGGUUACGACCCCAUGGAGCUUGAUCCAGAACUGAUGACACCUUACGCCAUCGAGCAACCGCAAACCUUGGCGCAGUACUCGGUCUCGGAUGCUGUAGCGACCUACUACCUCUAUAUGAAGUAUGUGCACCCUUUCGUCUUCAGUCUUUGCAACAUCAUUCCACUCAAUCCCGACGAAGUCCUGAGAAAGGGCAGUGGCACGCUUUGCGAGACUUUGCUGAUGGUCGAAGCUUUCAGGGGAAAUAUCGUCAUGCCAAACCGACAUACGGACCCCGUCGGCAACACAUAUGAAGGUCACCUGUUGGAAUCAGAGACGUACGUGGGUGGCCAUGUAGAAGCACUGGAAGCAGGUGUCUUCAGAAGCGACAUUGCGACCGACUUCAAGCUCGAUCCUUCUGCUUUGCAGCAACUCAUCGACGAUCUCGACGCGGCGCUGCAGUUCAGCAUUCGCGUCGAGGGCAAGAUGGACGUCGAGGAUGUCACCAAUUAUGACGAAGUCAAGGCCGAGAUUCAGCAAAAGCUAGAGGUCAUGCGAGACACGCCGGUAGUCUGUGUGGAGCCCCUGAUCUACCACUUGGAUGUCGCAGCCAUGUAUCCCAACAUCAUGCUGUCCAAUCGGCUGCAGCCUGACUCGGUCGUAGACGAAGCUACUUGCGCUACCUGUGACUACAACAGACCCGGCAUGACCUGCGACAAGAAGAUGGAGUGGGCUUGGCGUGGAGAAUACUUUCCACCAAAGCGCGACGAGGUCAACAUGAUUCGGUCUGCCUUGACCAGCGAAAUGUUUCCUGGCAGACACAAGACUAGUCCCAAGCGGACGUACUACGACUUGUCACCCUCUGAGCAAUCUGCACUGUUGCACAAACGUCUGGGUGACUACAGCAGAAAAGUCUACAGGAAGACGCACGAGACCAAAACCAUCGUGCGGACAUCGACUAUUUGCCAGCGAGAAAAUCCCUUUUACAUCGACACCGUCAGAGCCUUCCGGGAUCGGCGUUAUGAGUACAAAGGUCUGCACAAGACUUGGAAGAAGAACCUGGACACGCGGCAGACAGGAACUGGAGACGACGCAAACCCGGCGGGCGUUGCAGAAGCACGAAAGAUGAUCGUGCUUUACGACUCGAUGCAAUUGGCUCACAAGUGUAUCCUCAAUUCCUUCUACGGCUACGUCAUGCGAAAGGGAGCACGGUGGUACUCGAUGGAGAUGGCAGGCAUCACGUGCCUCACAGGUGCCAAGAUUAUUCAGAUGGCCAAAGAGCUCGUGGACCGGAUCGGACGACCUCUCGAGCUGGACACGGAUGGUAUCUGGUGCAUGCUGCCCGGCCUUUUCCCCGAGAAUUUCGCCUUCAAGACGCGGAGCGGCAAAAAGCUAGGCAUCUCGUACCCGUGCACUAUGCUGAACUGCCUCACGCACGAACGCUUCACGAAUCAUCAAUAUCACACGCUGACCGAUCCUGCCUCGGGACGGUACGAAGUGCACAGCGAGAACUCGAUCUUUUUCGAACUGGACGGACCCUAUCGCGCAAUGAUAUUGCCGAGUAGUAAGGAGGAAGAUAAGCUGCUAAAGAAGCGGUAUGCUGUGUUCGAGCAUGAUGGUAGUCUAGCGGAGCUCAAAGGCUUCGAGGUCAAACGAAGAGGAGAGCUCCAACUCAUCAAGGAUUUUCAAACGCAGAUCUUCAAACAAUUUCUCCUCGGCAGCACGUUGCAGGAAUGCUAUGCUGCGGUCGCGUCAGUUGCGGAUCAGUGGCUCGACAUUCUAUUCUCGAAGGGUGCAACACUCUACGACGAGGAGCUAAUUGACCUCAUUGCCGAGAAUAAGAGCAUGUCUCGAACCCUUGCUGAGUAUGGAGAUCAAAAGUCUACCGCAAUCACAACGGCCAAGCGCCUGGCGGAGUUCUUGGGCGCCCAGAUGGUCAAGGACAAAGGCUUGGCCUGUAAAUUUAUCGUCUCUGCGAAACCUUUUGGCGCGCCUGUCACGGAGCGCGCGGUACCAGUGGCAAUCUUCAAUGCGGAGCCCGCCAUCAAGCAGUAUUACCUGCGCAGAUUUCUGAGGGACCCGUCCCUGACUGACUUCGACCUUCGAAGCGUACUGGAUUGGGACUACUACAUCGAGCGUUUCGGAGGAGUGAUACAGAAGCUGAUCACCAUUCCGGCAGCUAUGCAAAAGGUGCCGAAUCCCGUCCCUCGGAUCCGCCAUCCCGACUGGCUGUUCAAGCGAGUCACCGCAAGUGAGGACAAGUUCAAGCAGCGCAAGCUCACGGAUGCCUUCCAAGUGCAACACGACAGGAGUUUGUCAAUGAAACCAUCUACGAGCGCUCUGCCAUUGGCGAAGCCUGCCCUCAAGAAUCAGAAAGUGGCUUCAGUGGUCGAGGUGGACGAGCUUGUCCCUGACCUUACGGUCGACUAUCGUGGCUGGGUCCGCGUCAUGAAGAAGAAAUGGGCAAAGGAACGCAAAGCACGAGCUCAGCAGCAGGGCGCGCUCGGCGGUGCUGCACGAGGCAGAGGACUGGGGACGAUGGACGCGAUGCUCGCACGGAGAUCUCAGACUCUGGCCACUGCUACAUGGGAUGUGGUGCAGAUCAGUGGCGCAUCAAAUCCCGGCGAGUUCCGGCUAUGGAUUUCUGUGGCAGGUCAGCUGCAGAGCCUCAAGCUCCAUGUGCCCCGCCAAUUCUACAUCAACUUCAAGAAACCACCAAGACCUGAAACCUUUGGCACCGGCUACCUGUACGAGCGCGUGUCUCGCACGCUGCCUCGUGGUAGGCAGUGCUUGGAGCUGUACCGCAUCACCGUCUCAGAGACAAUGUACCUCGAGGAAGAGACGCACUUCUCAUCGCUGCUCAAUCACCCGAACGUGGAUGGCGUCUUCGAAAUGCAGGUGCCGCUUUCAGUCAGAGCUCACAUCAAUCUUGGCGGCUCUUGCGCGAUCGAUUCGAGGACUCCUGUGCCCAUCGAUCGCGUGCUCGAUGCGGGUAUAUCUCUCCACGAAUUGUCCAAGGCUGAGCGCCCUUCCGGCGCUCUGAGACGGCGAAAGUAUCUCGACGGCGGAAGAGGACUCCGCUACUUUUGGCUCUACCAUGCGCAGAAAGACACAAGACAUUUCAUCGGCCUUGUCUCGCCCGAAGGGCAGGCUCGCGUCCACGUUGUCGACACAGCCGGGCUGCAGCAGCUUCCGCGCCUCGAGCCAAUGUACGCCCAGCGAAUCGCCAAAUUCCGCGAAACUGACAAGGUAGUCGAUGGAGAAGGCGUCUUUGACUAUGCAGACGCAUUGAGCAUCGAGACUCGGGUCCACACGACGCCGGAACGCGCCUUCCGUGCCGUUGCGAGGGAGCUCAGCACGAUGCGAACGGCAAAGCAGGGUGGCGCUGUGCUGGUGAUCAAUUCGUCACGACCCCAGGCUUACUACGAGCAAGCUCUGGGCGGGGCCGCGUCAGACUUUCCCAUUAUGGCCGCUCCGUCCUCACGAGCCGAAGACGACUUCCCGGCUCUCAAUUGGCAAAUCGCGAGCGCGAGGAGGAUGUUUGGCUGCUACCUGCGCCUAUCAUUGUGGCUGCAGCGGUGGCUGCAGCAGGCUGAACACUUCGACCUGCCAUUCUGCAACAUCGAGCGCGACUUUGUGCUUGCCGGAGCAGACAUCGACUUUGCACGCCGGUUGUUGGCGCAGGACAUGGUGCUCUGGUGGUCGAGCACGCCGUCACCAGACCUUGGAGGGCGCGAAGAAGAUGCUCACGCCGCUCAACGCUCUAUCAAAGGAGACGAGGAGGGUUUGCUGGAGAUUUCUCGCCCAGGGCUGUACUCUCGAGUCGUUCUGGAAAUCGCCAUGCGCGACUUGGCGAUGGACGCUGUGCUGCAAUCGGGCUCCGUCAAUGACAUGGAAGGGACUGCCGCAGGGUCAAUGGCCUUCGACACGUCUUCGCACAAUCUUGACGAGUAUGCAAAAGGCACUGUGCACUCGGAGACUUCACUCGGUGAUGCCGUAUUGACAUCGCAAGUCUUUACUACCGUCAAAGCAAUGGUCAAGGCGUGGUUCAUCGACAAGGUGCACGGAAAAGCUGCUUACUCGGGACGACUCGCUGACAAUUUCUGGAGAUGGGUGUCCACCCCGGAGAGCGCACUCUUCGAGCCUGCACUCAAGGCCUUCCUGCAGGGACUAAUGCGCAAAACACUCCUCCAGCUGCUGGCAGAAUUCAAGCGACUCGGAGCAUCAAUUGUCUUCGCUUCACCCAGUCGGUUGUUCCUCUUGACGUCUAAGCCCACGGGUGGAAGCGCCGCGGCGUACGGCCGCUACUUGCUGUCUGCGGUGGCAAGCAGAGACCUCUUCAAACAUUUGCAAUUGGCCAUCACCAAUCACUGGGAGCUACUUUUGUGGAUGGAUGAAGCCAAUUUUGGCGGUGUAGUCUCACCGGAUCCAAAUGCAAUUGAGCCCAGUCAGACUUGGGAGACUGACAUGAACUGGAACGUCCAGGAAUUCUUGCCUCGCGCCCUUCGUCAGCGCUUCGCUGCAGUCAUCGGCGCCUUCCUGUUCCACUUGUACGAGAACAAGCGCCGCAACAUGAUUGCGUUCGAGCGGACGCCACUGCGGGUGAUUCAGCAAGCGACGACGCCGCUUGCCGGCACGCAGAGAGACCACCAAGUGGAUGAAUCCGCUGUGCAGAAUGAAAGUGCGGACAUGGCAGACCCGAACAAGGCCCUCGUCGAUCCUCUCAAAACGGCGGAGAUCAAAGCGGCCAAGGACUACGUCAAUCACAAGCUUACUCGCCAAUUGUUACGGGUGGUCGCUGAGGUUCGCCACGAAUAUCAAGCUGCCCAAGCAGCGGGAGCAGAGGACGAAGAGGCAUACUUUGAGGCAACCGAGCAUUGGUCCUUUCCUGACCUUCCUGGCCGGCUCGUGCAAGCGACGGGCGACCUUUCGCCUGCGUUGGAGUUCGUCAAGACCACGAUGGCAGUCUUGGGCCUUGCGAAAGACUUGAACGUCGAAGUCGGCAUUUGCCGUCGCAACCUGCUCGAGUUGCUCGGCGUCCGAGAAUUCGCAGCGGUGGCAGAGUGGCGAAACCCGUGCGAAUCGUUCAAGUUACCGAUGGUCAUCUGCUCUUUCUGCAACGAUGAGCGGACGCUGGAUUUGACGCGGGAUGCGGAUCUGAUGCCGGCACGACCUGGAGAAGCUCGAGAGUGGCAAUGCGCCUGCUGCAAAUUUGCCUACGACCGAUCAGCGAUCGAAGCGCGCCUCGUAUCCAUUGCGCAGUCGCUGUUGUUGACGUUUGCGCUGCAAGAUUUGCGCUGCAACAAGUGUGGAGGAGUCAGAGCCAACAACAUGGCGCCACACUGCUCUUGCUCUGGAUCCUGGGGACUGACUGUGUCCAGGAAAGAUACCAUGAGACGCUUGACGCUUAUACGCAGUCUUGCUCGCUAUCAUGCCUUGCAUGUCCUUGAGAGCGCCGUGGAGCCCCUCCUAGCCAACACCUAGAGCCCCUGAUCCAUAUUUGCAGCAUCAUUCGUACCUUUCCAGACAGUCACGAGCAUUCAACCUCGCAUUCUUGCAUACCAUAAGACCAAUGACAUUGCUAGCAUCCAGAGGAGACAAUCAUUAGGGAGUUGCGCAUCAAUGUGAGCGGCAGGGCCCUCCCGUGCGCAGCA